CCGAUUGGGAUGCCGGUCGCGGCCGAGCGAAAACGCUCCAAAUGCAGAUGGGUUACGGACUGGCUGCCUUUUGGACGCGUUGGUUUCUUUCACGCUGAGGCUUUAAUAACAGUUCGUCUGAAUUUAAACGAGUGUUUUAUGCCAACAUUUGCCUGUCUGACCAGGGCAUUUUCUACAUUAAGAAUCGGCUAGUGUAAAUUCGGAGAAGUCUCAAAUUGUACAGAAAUGGUGUAUGCUUCGACGAAAAAAGCGUGCCACCCCCCACCCCACCGUGGGAUUCUGCAUUGACCGUUUGCUUAAGAAUAAUGGGGUCAAUUCAUUAAACGGAGGAAAGACUACGAGGAUUUAAAGUGUGUCAUUUCUCCUGUGCUGUUUGUGUGGACUGUACCACACUCCCGCUCUAGACCAACAACGGCUUUUGCUUGCAUUUUCCAGUGUUUUUUCUGUCAGCAAGUACAGCACAGUUGUAACACUUCCAGCACAAGCCCCGAACCCACUGAGGAGCAGACAGACACAGAAAUGGUAAAGAUGACCAAGUCCAAGACCUUUCAGGCAUACCUGCCCAACUGUCACAGAACCUACAGCUGUGUACAUUGUAGAGCACACCUGGCUAACCAUGAUGAGCUCAUUUCAAAGUCAUUCCAGGGCAGUCAAGGCCGGGCCUAUCUCUUCAACUCUGUCGUGAAUGUGGGCUGUGGUCCUGCAGAAGAAAGGGUCUUAUUGACUGGCUUACAUGCUGUUGCUGACAUCUACUGUGAAAAUUGCAAAACCACAUUAGGAUGGAAAUAUGAACAUGCGUUUGAGAGCAGUCAAAAAUACAAGGAAGGGAAAUUUAUUAUUGAACUAGCUCACAUGAUUAAGGACAAUGGCUGGGAAUAAACCUGCAGAUGGUGGUUUUUUUUUUGUUUUUUUUUUUGUUUUUUUUUGGAGAGACCACCACCAUUAUAAGACUGAAAUUCUGUCAGGGACUUUUUUUUUUUUUUACGUCUCCUCUCAGAAUAGACCCAGGGGAAAAAGAUACUAUAUUUUUCAGUUGGCAGUACUUAAUUUGCUUUUUAGAAUGUUCUUUCCUAUUUUUAAACUUUUUUUUUUCCGGAGGGGUAACACUUGCAUCAUUUAUGGUUUUGCCCUGCUAUGUUCUCUAAUCUAUUUAAACAAUGUUGUUCAGAGAAAUUAAUUUUUAACAUCACAUCAUAUGCCUGAAUGCAGUGAAGUCCCACUUGGCUGGAUUGUGAACACUUCUUUGUAGGACUCUUUUUGAUGGCUGACUGGUGUUACUGGUUAGCAUUCUUCUCCUUGGACUCCUGCCUUAUUUCAACCUCUAGCCUUGACCUGAUUGCAUUUUUAAGCAGUUUGUUCUGGGUGGGUGAUGGAAGUUAAAUGUGGUCAGAUGUAGCAAAUAUUUUUUUACAGGCAAGGAUGAGGUUGAAGUGAAGUGGAAUUUAACUUGAUGGAAAUUGUAUUUGCCUAUUCCUCUCCUGUUCUCAUUUCCCUCGGUGAAAAUGGGGUCCACAACAGCACAUCUUGAAUAUAGAAAGUUUGCGGCUGGUUUUCCGCUAUCAAAAUUUGGAAAAGCAUGAAAUGAUGGUUGAUUGGGGAGGGGGUUAGUGAUUUUACUGUGUAGAAUCUGCCAAUGCACCCUAAAAUAUUCUUCCUAAUUUUGAUGAGAAGCGUAAUUUAAUACAGUUGUUCGUUACUUGGCAAAUGUUUAUGUCCAACAUUGAGGGUGGGAUUGUUAUGAUUGUUGGAAUGGGGUGGGUUUGGGGGCUGAAGGUUGCUGGAAAACUUAAUGCCCUGAGGGAUGUUGCAAUAAGUGUAUCCAAUAAUAAUCUGAAAGGCUUCUCCUUUGUACUUUUCAGACUAGACACUAAAUUUGCAAAGAGACUGGCAUUAUGGACAAUUUAAAUGUCCCAAAGUAAAAGAAAAUUUAUUUAAGAGAUUUAUGACAGUUUGCUGCUAUUGAACUAAUCAGUAGAAGAUAUUUAUUCCUGCCGUUUUUGCAGUUUUUUCCCCCUUUAUGAAGUCCUGGCAUGUCCUUUCCAGAUGCCCAAUGCUGUGCAUUGCACAAUUUUGUUU